AAGGCAAACGGCUAGUUUCGCACGAAAGAGAAUCAUAAUAAGAGCUGGGCAAUCAUGCUUUCACAGUUUAGGCACAAAGGCCCGACGACGGGGUUCCGGUGUCAAUCGUCGCAAAGCCUGCCCUCGCUAACUGGGCUCAAAGUCUACCGCCGGAACAGCCUGAAAUGUCAUGCCGCCAUGUCGGAAACUGCAGGCAAGCCCAUUGAGUGCAAGGCGGCCAUCGCCUGGGAGGCCAAGAAGCCGCUGGAGGUGCGCACGGUCACCGUGGCGCCGCCCGGCCCCGGCGAAGUGCGCGUGCAGAUCAAGGCGACCGCGCUGUGCCAAACGGAUGCCUAUACGCUCGGCGGACUAGACCCUGAAGGCCGGUUCCCCUGCAUCCUGGGGCACGAGGCCGCGGGCGUUGUGGAGAGCGUCGGCGAGGGCGUCACCUCCGUGAAGCCGGGUGACCACGUCAUCCCCUGCUACCAGGCUUACUGCGGCGAGUGCAAGUUCUGCAAGCACCCGGAGUCCAACCUGUGCGUGUCGGUGCGCGCUUUCACAGGCAAGGGCGUGAUGAAGUCAGACGGCAAGCCUCGCUUCACCGUCGAUGGCAAGCCCAUCUACCACUUCAUGGGCACCUCCACCUUCAGCGAGUACACGGUGGUGCACGAGCAGUCGGUGGCCAAGAUCGACGUGAACGCGCCGCUGGAUAAGGUGUGCCUGCUGGGUUGCGGCGUGUCCACCGGCUGGGGCGCGGUGUUCAACACCGCUAAGGUCACGGCCGGUAGCACGGUGGCAGUGUUUGGGCUGGGCGCGGUGGGCCUGGCGGUGAUCGAGGCGGCUAAGCGCGCGGGCGCGUCUCGCAUCAUUGCUGUGGACAUCGACCCGACCAAGUUUCCCACGGCCAAGGAGUUUGGUGCCACUGACUGCAUCAACCCCAAGGACCACGAGAAGCCCAUUCAGCAGGUCAUCGUGGAGAUGACAGAGUGGGGCUGCGACUACACGUUCGAGUGCAUCGGCAACACUGCCGUCAUGCGCGCGGCUCUGGAGUGUGCUCACCGCGGCUGGGGCACGUCGGUCAUCGUCGGUGUGGCGGCUGCGGGCCAGGAGAUCAGCACGCGCCCCUUCCAGCUGGUGACCGGCCGCCGCUGGAUGGGCACCGCGUUCGGCGGCUACAAGAGCCGCGUGCAGGUACCGGACCUGGUUACGGACUACAUGUCUGGGGCCACGCUGCUGGACAAGUACAUCACACACAACAUGAAGUUUGACCAGAUUAACGAGGCGUUUGAGCUGCUGCACGCUGGCGAGUGCCUGCGCUGUGUGCUGACGUUCUAGGCGGCUGGCAUGUAUGUUGAAACCUAGCUGUGUCUUGCUGUGCACCGCCUAAACGCUGUGGUGGGUACCUUCCGACUGGUGCAGCGUGUGGACCGGGUGUAGCAAUCUGUGCGAUGGGACAGUGGCAAGGCAAGUUGGUAAAGUCCCGUAGGGUGCAGCUGAUUCCCAGAACCCGGCAAAUGGCACACAAUUGGCAGCGGCAGGGCAGGAGUGCGCGGCUGGUCGAACGCCAGAGUUCUGCAAAUUAUGUUGCUACAAUUUGCUGCAGCAGCGGUCUAAAUGGUAGCCCGUCGUUGAGCUGCGCGCGUGCGCAUGACACGCGAAGUGUGACAGGGUUCGGUCGCCGGCUGCGGGUUCUGCUGUUGCUGUUGCGAUGACUUGGCUGCGCCCAUGGCGCACUGCGCGAAGGACUGCUUCAGAGCUCUGAUCGCCUCCGCACCAGCGUUGGACUGCUGCGUGUGCGGGGUGCUGAUCCAGCGCCGCAUGGGGGACGCCAGGACAGACAUGACUCCCGCCGGCGGCUGGUCUGUGUCAAGCUGCAUGCCAGCCCCUGCAGUGCUGGCGCCUGUGCUGCUGCUAUAGUUGGAGCCACUGCUACUGCUACUGCUGCCGCUGCUGCUGCCACAGCCCACAGCAAGCGCCGACGUGUCAGGCAGCCACACCUGGUUCUGGAUGGGGAACAUGAAUACGUGAAAUGCAGCGCCAGAACACCAAUUUGAGCAUGGUGCAAGAGUGUGAAGGCUGCAAGCA